AUGAAAUUUAUCAUUUAUAUAUUUUAUAUAUAUACUUCUUUAUUAUUUUCUUUAUCUCAAUUACAAAAUCAGAGUCAACCACAUCCUUAUUAUUAUUAUCAUUAUUUAAGAUUAUUUAUUUUAAUACCAAAUGAUAAUUGUUUAUCAUCUAAUGGAUUAUUUAAUUUUACCGCCAGUAUUCAAGAUACAAUGAAUUUAAAUAUACAUCCAAUAAUAAAUAAUUGGGCAUUUAAUAAUAGUAAUAAUCAUAUUGAACAAUAUAUUAUACCAUUAUCUGAUUGUAUAUUAACUAAUAAUACCUAUAUGAAUAUGUUAACAUUAUAUAGAAAUGCUCAACAAUAUGCUCAAAUGAUAAAAUCAAAUCAAAUUGAUUAUAAUGUAAUUAUAGGUCCAUAUCAUCCUAAUUUAUGUUAUCAAAUGAAUCAAUUAAUUAUGUUACCAAUGAAUGAUUGUUUUAAAUCAUUGAAAACAUACCUAUAUCAUACAAGUUUUCAAUGUCCAUUAAGUAGAAGUAUUACAUAUCAAUCAAAUCCAUCAUUAUAUUGUUAUAAUAAUAAUAAUAAUAAUAAUGCAAGUCAAUAUGAAUAUGAUUAUACCAAUAUUGGUAGUUUAUCUAUUGGUGCUAAUAAAUAUCAAAUAUCAAUGGCAUUAAUUAAAAUUUUACACUAUUUAAAUAGAUUCAAUCUAAUAAUUCUAUAUGAAAAUGAUAAUAGUGUGAAUGAUCCUUCACAAUUAUUUGCCAUUGAUUUAGCUUAUCUAUUAAUGAAAGAUAGUAAUCAUAAUAUUAAUGUAAAAGCAAUUUAUGGAUGGAAUAUUGAAAAGAAUAUAUCAAAUAUUAUACAAAUAGGAAAUGUAGAAUAUUCUGCUUGUAUUGUAAUUGCUCAACUUUCAUUCUAUUCUACAUUAUUAAAAUAUAUUUAUCAAUGGAAUCCGAAUAUAUUAAAAACAAUUAUGUUCAUUGCUUAUGAUAUGACAUUAUUCUCAUAUGAUAUACUUAAAGUAUGGAGAAAUAAUAUACAAAAUAUUGAUCAUGAAUAUUUAACAAUGAUAAAUUCUGCAUUUGUUUUAACAUCUCAUCCAUAUGGUUCAAAAUUACAUUUAACUGAUGAAUAUUUAAAUCAGAAAGAUUAUUUAGCAAUGAAAUUAACAUUGGGCAUGACAAUAUGUAAUUUUAAACAUCAUAUACAGCAAAAGGAACGGGAACAACAAUUAUCACAAUUACAAGGAAAUAAUGGUUUCUAUGCAUCAUUAAAGAAUACAACAUUGAAAAUUCCAAUAAAAUCUGAUUUAAGUUUAGCUAUAACAUUUCAUGAACAUCCAGAACAAAAUCAAGCUGCAUUAGAUUUUAUUUAA